UAACCCAGUCUUCACUUAGUUAUGCAGGUAAAGGUUUACCUGUGCAGGAAACUAAAACUGUGCGUGCGGGUGAGCUCGCGGGAGAGAGAGAGUACAAGCGAGAUACAGAGACCGCUCAGCCCAGCCUCAGUGACAUAACACGCUCUGUGGGAUGUAACUGACAUCUUCUCAAAGUAGACCUCAAAACUAAGAACCAGGGCAUUUGCACUGAAAUGGGCUUAUUACACAGCGCCCUGAGACUCCUCAGAGAUUCAAAACACUCGCCGGAGAAGCAACAAGCAGGGAAUCCUGACCAUGCCCCCCUAAAUGGCCCAACCACUGCAUUUCCAAAGGAUAGACUGGGUCCUCCAUCCACAGAGAAAGACAUUGUCCUGGCUCAGUAUGAUUUCAAACCAAUGAAUGAUCAUGACCUUGCAUUUAAACAGGGGGACAAACUGAAAAUAAUUAGUGAGAAAGGGGAUUGGUGGCUGGCUAAGUCCCUGGUCAGUGGAGAGGAGGGGUACAUUCCUCGUAUGUAUGUGGCCAGGAUGCACACCCUGGAGGUGGAAAGAUGGUUCUUUGAAAAUCUGAGCCGGAAGGAGACAGAGCGUUUGCUCCUAGCUCCUGGGAACAAACCUGGAGCUUUCCUCAUCAGGGAGAGUGAGACCAGCAAAGGAGCAUUCUCUCUGUCUAUCAGAGACAUUUUGCCUGAUCGCAGGAACGUUGUGAAACAUUACAAAAUCCGCUGUCUGGACACCGGCGGCUACUACAUCUCUCCUAAGACCAGUUUCCCCUCCCUUCAGGACCUGGUCAAGCACUACUCACGAGUAGCUGAUGGGCUGUGUCAGAGGCUAGCUUCUCCUUGUAAAGCUCAGAAGCCCCAGAAUCCGUGGGCCCAGGAGACCUGGGAGAUUCCCAGGGAAACGCUGCGCAUGGUGAAGAAACUGGGCUGUGGGCAGUUUGGAGAGGUGUGGAUGGGCUAUUAUAAGAACAGCCAGAAGGUGGCGAUAAAGAUGCUGAAGGAAGGCAGUAUGGAGCCGGAGGCCUUCCUGCAGGAGGCCAACCUGAUGAAGGGGUUGCAGCACGACCGUCUGGUGCGUCUGUAUGCCGUCGUCACGCAGCAGCCCAUCUUCAUCGUCACAGAGUUCAUGGAAAAUGGGAGUUUGCUUGACUUUCUGAAGACUGAAGAGGGAAAUGGUCUGAUGCUUCCCAAGCUGUUGGAUAUGUCAGCACAGAUUGCGGAGGGCAUGGCCUACAUCGAGCAGAAUAACUGCAUCCACAGAGACCUGCGCGCGGCCAACGUCCUAGUGUCCGAAACGCUGCACUGCAAGGUGGCCGACUUCGGCCUGGCCAGGCUCAUCGAUUCCGAAUACACAGCACAUGAAGGGGCCAAGUUUCCCAUCAAAUGGACGGCUCCAGAGGCCAUUAACUUCGGCACCUUCAGCAUCAAAUCUGAUGUGUGGUCCUUCGGCAUCCUGCUGACUGAGAUCGUCACAUACGGGAGAGUGCCUUACCCAGGUAUGGCGAACCCGGAGGUGGUACGGAACCUGGACCGGCGGUACCGGAUGCCGUGCCCGGAGGGCUGUCCCAGCGAGCUGUACCAGGUCAUGCUCCGGUGCUGGAGGGAGGAGCCUGAGAACCGGCCCACCUUCGAGCACCUGCAGCACACCCUGGAGGACUUCUACAUCGCCACGGAAACGCAGUAUGAGAGCCAACCCUGAGCUCCUGGCCCCUCGCUGUGGGAGGUUGUUAGGGAGAUGGAAUUAAUAAGAGUCAUUAAUACCUUGCAAAAUAUUUACUGAGAAAAAUAUGGGCUGUAUUUCCUCUGACCAGGCCUUAGAAUGUUUUAAAAAUGUAAAGUUUUUAUUUGUGCAAUACCUACCUGCUGCCUGUGUUGGGGUUAGAGGUAGUGUUGGGGUUAAGGUUUGUGUUGAGUCAGAGGUAGUGUUGGGGUAAAGGUUAGUGUUGGCUUAGAGGUAGUGUUGGGGUUAAGGGUAGUGUUGGGUUAGAGGUAGUGUUGGGGUUAAGGUUAGUGUUGGGUUAGAGGUAGUGUUUGGGUUAAGGUUAGUGUUGGGUUAGAGGUAGUGUUGGGGUUAGGGGUAAUGUUGGGGUUAGGAGACUUCCAGUUUAUAAGUUUAUUAGUUUUUCAGCUUUAUUAUUGAAUCCAAAUCAUGUUAUUAUAUUAAUAAUGCAACACAGUUUAAAAGACAGUAUGCUGUAUAUCUGAUAUAAUUUAUUAAAUGUUCUUGAUAAAAAUGAUUUGUAAAUAAUAUAGUAUUAUUAAUGUUAUUGAAUUAUAACUUAUAAAGCUG